AUGGCGUCGAUGCCGAAGUUGUCAAACGUCAUUUCGUGGCUGAUAUACCUCGUGCCCGUGUACAUCUUCGUUCUCAACCCGCUCCUACAACAGUUCUUCCCAGGCGCCUUCAACCCCUGGGAGACCAGCGACACAUUUGGACACUGGGACGGCGAAGCCCUAGGUAUCAACAUCACAGACGACAGCUUCAUCAGCCCAGAGGAUGGCGUCCCGUUUAAUUGCGCCAGUGAGCCGGAGGGUCUGAACAAAUAUACCCCCUCCAUCGUCUACGACGGUAUAACCGAACGAGUCGAUCCAAACAAGCGCCUCUCCGACCGAGCCCUACUCGACCGCGACGACACAGUCCGCUGCCUCGAGGAGCGCGCCCGCGCUUUCCAGGGCUGGCGCCCAAACCUGUAUAUCGAGCGCAUGUGGGCGCAACGCUACAAUGCCUCCGGCCAUUACCGGCAUCAUUAUGACUGGACCGGGUCACUGGCGCGCGGCGGCGACCGGCUCAGUACCUUCAUGGUCUACCUGGGUGCGGACUACGAGGAUGACGAGGAGGCCCAGGCGGGCGCGGACGAACGGGGGUCGGGGCCAGGGGCCGAGGCCGGGGCAGGAGAGGAUGGUCGCUUGGCGCGGUCAAAGAAGGAUGGUAUCACGUUCAAACCGAUUAAGGGAAAUGCGGUCUUUUGGGAGAAUCUUCGGGCCGAUGGGACUGGGUAUACCGAGACCUGGCACGCUGCGUACCCCGUCACGUCCGGGACCAAGGUUGGGUUGAAUAUUUGGAGUUGGUAUCAGCCUCCGAAGAGGAGACGAGGAUGA